CAGUGGCAGCCGCGGGGAGGUCGGUUGGGGUCGGUCCUUCUCGAAGUUGCCCGCGAUGUCCCCGCCAGCCGACAGACCCCUCCGGGAGAGAGACGGACCUCGGGCUCGGAGCCGCCGGUUCCAGGGGCGGAGGACGCGGGGCGGAGGGUCUGCGCUGCCUACGGCCCCCUCUCAGCCCACGGUCGCGCCCGCCGCAGCCGAGGCGCCGGCCACCAUGUUCAACCAGCAGCAGCAGCUCCAGCAGCUCCAGCAGCAGCAACUCCUGCAGCUCCAGCAGCUGCUCCAACAAUCUCCACCGCAAGCCCCGCUGCCCAUGGCCGCAGCCGUCAGCCGGGGGCUUCCCCAGCAGCAGACACAGCAGCAGCUUCUGAAUCUCCAAGGUGCCAACUCUGCCUCCCUCCUCAACGGGUCUGUGCUACAGAGAGCUUUGCUUUUGCAGCAGUUGCAAGGACUGGACCAGUUUGCAAUGCCACCAGCCACGUAUGACAGUGCCGGUCUCACCAUGCCCACGGCAACACUGGGUAAUCUCCGUGGCUACGGCCUGGCAACCCCAACCCUGACGGCCCCCAGCCUCACACCCCCUCAGCUGACCACCCCAAAUCUACAGCAGUUUUUUCCCCAGGCAACUCGGCAAUCCUUGCUGGGUCCCCCUCCUGUCGGGGUCCCCAUGAACCCCUCCCAGAUCAACCUUUCAGGGCGGACUCCCCAGAAACAGGCCCGCACUCCCUCAUCCACUACUCCCAAUCGCAAGGAUUCUUAUUCUCAGACAAUGCCUGUGGAAGAUGAGUCAGACCCCCCAGAGGGGUCUGAGGAAGCUGUCGCGCCCCAAGCAGACACACCAGAAGACCAGGAUUCCCCACCCUGCCCAGAUGGCAUUGCUAAGGAGAAACACACUGUAGCACCUGCUCCCGAGUCUUGUGAGGCAUCUGAGCCACCAGCUAAGAGGUCAAAGAGCUCAGAGUUGCCCACGGAGAAGGGGCUUCCGGGGCAGCCGCAGGCCCGCACCACAGCCCCGAAGCAGACACAGACACCCGAGCUGCUGCCUGAGCUGCCAGAAGCCCGAGUUCUGCCACGAUUCCAGCCCCGGGUUCUGCAGAUCCAGGCCCAGGUGCAGCCGCAGACGCCGCCACAGGUGCCUCCCGUGGACAUGCCAGUGCAGCGCCUCCUGCAGAAGCAGGUGCAGACACAGACCUCUCCAGACCAUGUGGGGCCGCGGCAGGUGCUGAAGGAGGCAGAGCCGCAAAAACAGGUGCAGCCACAGGCACAUUCCCAGCCCCUGGUGCAGAAGCAGCCACAGCUGCAGAAGCAGGCACAGACGCAGACGUAUCCUCAGGUCCAGCCUCCGGAGCAGCCACUGAGACAACCUCCAGGGCAGCUGCCAGUGCAGGCACCUGACCCCACUGAGGGACAGCCUCAGGCCCCGCUACAGGUGUCAGUACCAGCAUUGGAGCAAGCCCCGGUUCCGGUUCAUUCCACAGAGCUGGAGACGCCUCCUGAUAAGGGAGAUAGUGGAGCUGGCCUGGAGGAGGCCUCGCCAGAGCCAGAGGGCGCCCAGGACAGCAUGGAGAGUCAGGACGAGUUGACCAGUGGCCUGGAUGUGGGAGAAUGUGAAAAAAGGGCAAGAGAGAUGCUAGGGGUGUGGGGUGCCGGGGGCUCCCUGAAGGUCACCAUCCUGCAGAGCAGUGACAGCCGGGCCUUCAGCACUGUCCCCCUCACACCCGUGCCUCGCGUUGGCGAAUCCACAUCUGCCACCCCUGCCACUGCCAGCACACCCUCUAAGCAGACCCUCCAGUUCUUCUGCUACCUCUGUAAGGCCAACUGUAGCAGUCAGCAGGAGUUCCAGGACCACAUGUCGGGAGCCCAGCACCAGCAGCGGCUCGGGGAGAUCCAGCACAUGAGCCAAGCCUGCCUCCUGUCCCUGCUGCCCGUGCCCCGGGAUGUCCUGGAGAGAGAGGAUGAAGAGCCCCCGCCGAGGCGCUGGUGUAACACCUGCCAGGUCUACUACAUGGGAGACCUGAUCCAGCACCGCAGGACGCAGGACCACAAGAUUGCCAAGCAAUCCCUGCGACCUUUCUGCACUGUUUGCAACCGCUAUUUCAAGACCCCCCGCAAGUUUGUGGAGCACGUGAAGUCCCAGGGGCACAAGGACAAAGCCAAGGAGCUGAAGACACUCGAGAAGGAGAUAGCCGGUCAAGAUGAGGACCACUUCAUCACAGUGGAUGCCGUGGGCUGCUUUGAGGGUGAUGAAGAGGAGGAGGAGGAGGAGGAUGAAGAAGAGAUCGAGGUUGAGGAGGAAUUCUGCAAGCAGGUGAGGUCCAGAGAUAUAUCCAUAGAGGAGUGGAAAGGCUCAGAGACCUAUAACCCAAACACCGCAUACGGCGUGGACUUCCUGGUGCCCGUAAUGGGGUACAUUUGCCGCAUCUGCCACAAGUUCUACCACAGCAACUCGGGAGCACAGCUCUCCCACUGCAAGUCCUUGGCCCACUUCGAGAACCUGCAGAAAUACAAGAAGGCCAAGAACCCCAGCCCUACCAGCAGGCCCGUGAGCCGCCGGUGUGCGAUCAACGCCCGGAACGCUUUGACUGCUCUGUUCACUUCUGGUGGCCGUGCACCCAGCCAGCCCUGCAGCCAGGAUACAGCUAAAACCCCCAGCAAGGUGGAGAAACUGAGGCCUAGUAAGAUCAAGUGACUUACUUGCUGGAGGCCAUAUAUCUGCCUUUCUGCAUUUGCUCACCUGUCUCUGCCACUCAGAAUGCCUCAACCACAACAGCUAUUCAAGGACCAGCUCAAAAACGCCUCCUCUUCUAAGAAGCCUUCCCUGGUCUCCACCAGAAACCAUCACUCCCUCCUCCAUGGCCACUCCUGACCUGCCUCUCAGCAGCACAGUGUCCCUUAGGAUCCAAGGUCUGGGCCCAUGCCCACUGCGGACCCAGUUCUGAGACAGCCCAUGACUCAGAUAUACUCAGCUGCCAGUCUGGGACAAAGGGGAAGUGGCUGGCAGUGUUUGGAAAAAGUCAGGGCUGGAGGAGUGUAUCUGGGAUAUGCGUGCAAGUGUGUCUGCAUUCUGGGGGAAGAGCACCACCGCCCAGAGCUGGCACACCUCUCCAAGGACAGUCUUGGCAAGUCCCUGCUGGAUAUUAGAGUCCAACCCCCUUGUGGUACAGAUGGGAACAGAGGCCCAAGAAGGAAGGGACCCACCCAGGAUCCUCCAGCUGGUUGGUGGCAUAGCCAAGAUUCAGAAGGAGCAGGGGCACUUGGGUUUUGGUCCCAGCCUCUGCUCCACCCCAGCAAGUUACUGGAUCUUUUGGGAAGGCAAUGAGGCCUGGGAUGUUGUAAGGAUUCCAGUAUAUUAAGAACUCAGACAGGGUCUGGCCACAGCAAGUACUUAGUAAAUGGUCAUUACUAUCAACACUCACAUUCUGUGUGCAGAAUGGGGGAGGCGGGUGGUGUCUCCACACCACUGGGGCCAGGCUUUAUCUGUGCCAAGGGCACUUCCCAGUGUUAAGCCUUUGCCUUCUGCCUGGGACAGCCACCUCCCCACUGCACUAAGUCCUGUGAAUCUGCUAGCAUCCCCUCAGUGUGACACAUGAGCGGCUUUUCCCGAUUGCUCCCACUGCAGGCUUACUUACACACAUCUGGCUGCUGUUCACCUGCAGUGCCCAGGGCAAACCAGCCAGCCUGCCACUUACCACCCUGUGGAAAGUCCUCUACCUCUUUAUUAAAAGCAGACCCCGGGUGAUCAAAUUGUGAUAGAUGCACAACUCUGAAUAUCCUAAAACCCACUGACAUGUACGAUUUAAAUGGAUAAAUUGUAUAGUAUGUGAAUUAUAGCUCAAUAAAGCUGUUACCCAAACAAAACAAAAA